GCAACAGGACAAGAUAGCACUGGACAGAAAGGAAGCCACAACACAGAAAACAAAGAAAGAACCACAGCAAUGGCACAAUGGAUAUCUGAGCUGGUACGUUGGGUACGUGAACAAAUGGAACCUGAACAACGGGAACGUGAACAACGGGAACGUGAACGACGUGAACGUGAACGACGUGAACGACGUGAACGACGUGAACGACUGGAACGUGAACGACUGGAACGUGAACGACUGGAACGUGAACGACAAAGGGUAAUGGAAGAAGAGAACAGCAAAGGUGCUGACUGUAUGCUGGAAAAACCAUGGAGGCCGAUUGAUCUGUCAUCUGGAGGAAGAAAACAACUGAUGGAUGAGAUCGCAGGAUAUAAGCGUCCCUUAAAAUUGGUGCCAAAAAUCCGGGUUCUGUUCAUUGGGCAAAUUGGUGCUGGGAAGUCCAGCUUUUUCAACUCAGUAGAUUCUGUUUUCCAGGGCCACGUGCUUCAUCUUGCAGCGACAGGAGCAGAUGACAAAAGUCUGACAAAGAAGUACAGGACCUAUGAAGUGAAAAACAGAAGCACUGGAAAGCCAUUGCCCAUCAUCUUCUGUGACACCAUGGGGCUAGAAGAAGGAGAAUUUGCCAGCCUGAAAAUGGAUGAUGUGAUCAACAUAUUAAAAGGACACAUUCCUGAUGGGUAUCAGUUUAAUCCAAGCGCAGCUAUGCAACCAAGUGCACCUGGCUACAUUAAGUAUCCCUCUCUGAAGGACCAGAUUCACUGUGUUGUAUUUGUCAUUGAUGGAUCCAAGGUUGAAAUUCUCUCUGAGAAGGUGGAAGGAAAGUUAAAAGAAAUUCGACAAAAAGUUAUUGAGCUUGAAUUGCCACAACUUGUAUUACUUACUAAAGUGGAUGAAAUCUCUUCUUUUCUUAAAGAAGAUGUUUCCGAUGUGUACAAAAGCCAAGCUGUUAAACAAAAGAUGGAGACAGCAUCAGGAAAACUUGGCAUCCCUUUGAGUCAGAUAGUUCCUGUAAAAGAUUACUGUUCAGAGGUGGAGCUCACAGAUGAUGUUGAUAUCCUUAUUCUUUUGGCCGUGAGGCAGAUUGUGCGGUUUGCCCAACGAUACCUUGAUAAUAUCUCUGCAGAUCAAAGACCUGUGGAUGAUUAUUCUUCUGAUUCUUUAAAUGUUUAAUAUGCCACUUACAUUUCCAAGUUUUUUCAGAUUUCUUAUAGAAGUAAUGAAAUUGAUUUUAUUUGCACCUGAUUAAUAUUUACAUAUUUAAAGCUGCAAAACUAUCUUAAUGUUCAAAUAUCUCACUAGCC